GACGUCAUCUACACGCGCCGGAAGCGCUCUUCACACGGUCUUCCCCUAGCUGGUGGCAGGAAUGGCAGGCUUCGUAGAGCUCGGCCUUUCUUCGUGGCUUGUGGAACAGUGUCGGCAGAUGGGGUUGAAGCAGCCCACGCCCGUGCAGAUAGGCUGCAUCCCCGCUAUCCUAGAGGGUCGGGACUGUUUAGGCUGUGCGAAGACAGGCAGUGGCAAGACAGCAGCUUUCGUGCUGCCCAUCUUGCAGAAGCUGUCUGAGGAUCCCUAUGGCAUCUUCUGCCUUGUCCUGACACCCACCAGGGAGCUGGCCUACCAGAUCGCAGAGCAGUUCCGGGUGCUGGGGAAGCCCCUGGGCCUGAAAGACUGCAUCAUUGUUGGCGGCAUGGACAUGGUAGCCCAAGCGCUGGAGCUGUCCCGGAAGCCACACGUGGUUAUUGCCACCCCAGGUCGCCUGGCUGACCACCUGCGCAGCUCCAACACUUUCAGUAUAAAGAAGAUUCGUUUUCUGGUGAUGGAUGAGGCAGACCGACUGCUGGAGCAGGGUUGCACUGACUUCACAGCAGACCUGGAGACCAUCCUGGAGGCUGUGCCGGUGCACAGGCAGACACUGCUCUUCAGUGCCACGCUGACCGACACACUCAAGGAGCUGCAGGGUCUGGCCACCAAUCAGCCCUUCUUUUGGGAGGCACAGGCCCCGGUGCGCACAGUGGAGCAGCUGGACCAGCGCUAUGUGCUGGUGCCCGAGAAGGUCAAGGAUGCAUACCUGGUGCACUUGAUCCAGAGUUUCCAGGAUGAGCAUGAAGAUUGGUCCAUCAUCAUCUUCACCAACACCUGCAAGAUGUGCCAAGUCCUGUGCAUGAUGCUGCGCAAGUUCAGUUUCCCCACAGUGGCGCUGCACUCCAUGAUGAAGCAGAAAGAACGUUUUGCUGCCCUCGCCAAGUUCAAAUCGAGCAUCUACCGGAUCCUCAUUGCCACAGAUGUGGCUUCGAGGGGUUUGGACAUUCCUGCAGUGCAGGUGGUCAUUAAUCACAACACCCCCGGGCUCCCCAAGAUCUAUAUCCACCGAGUUGGACGCACGGCACGUGCAGGACGGCAGGGGCAGGCCAUCACACUGGUGACACAGUAUGACAUCCACCUGGUGCACGCCAUCGAGGAGCAGAUCAAGAAGCAGCUGGAGGAGCUGGCAGUGGAGGAGACCAGGGUUCUGCAGAUCCUCACCCAGGUCAACGUAGUGCGGAGGGAGUGUGAGAUUAAACUGGAGGCAGCCCAUUUUGAUGAAAAGAAAGAGAUUAACAAGCGGAAACAGCUGAUCCUGGAAGGGAAGGACCCCGAUCUGGAGGCCAAACGAAAGGCUGAGCUGGCCAAGAUCAAACAGAAGAACCGUCGCUUCAAAGAGAAGGUAAAACAGAGGCUGCAACGACAGAAGGCUGAAGGGGCCAGCAGAAAUGGUAGCCUACCACAGGGCCAAUCCAGGUCUCUCACGACCACGGCAUCCACACAGGACCCAGCCUGACCAGCCUAGGACUCCUUACUGAAGAUCCUUCCUGGGGCACUUGUACAGCCCUGGCGUCUCUCUUCCUAGAACUCAGUCUGGUCUCUCAAGUAGAUUCCAGAUUUCCAGAUCUGUGUCCCUUAGCUCAAGCCUGGGCCACCUCCCAGGGGUCCUGCUGGACUCCAAAAGGACACAGUACCCUUUUAUUUAUUUUU